CCUCCUCCUCCUCCUCCUCCUCCUCCUGUUUUUUUCUGUAUUACCAAAAUAUAAUAAUAAAGUUUCUUAAUUAAAAAAAAAGAGUCUCUGGCUUUAUGGGGAACGGUAUGGCUGAAAUUCCUCAACUCCAACCUUUCAGAUUCAAAUGUUGUAGAGUUGAAGGUGGUGUGAGAAACAGGCAUCGUUUUUGAUACCCUGUUCACCAGGAACAGGGAAUUUUCUUGGCGCAGUGGGCCAGAUCCUGAUCUUCCACCACCACCAUCACUGCUGACGAGCUUUGACAGGUGAAUGGAUUCAACGUUUUGCUCAUCAGCUGAUGAGUGCAGGAUUAAAGUCUUCUGCUUUCUCUGUGUGUGUCAGUUCCCUAUAGGGAGCUGGCGGGCGCAGCCAAUGCAGGACCAAGUCCCAUCCAUCAGCUGACAUCACACAAUGAUAUUAGCUGAUUGACAGUUAGGUGUGGUUUUAGGGAAAGAGCCUCACAGGCCACAUUGGACCCUUCAGCAGGCCAAGACCAAAGAUUCCUCACCACUGCCAUAAGUCAUCUCUCAUAAACAGGUUUGCAGAGGGUUUCUUUGUGUAUUGCUUCAGAUACCUGCCAAACCUGUUUAACCCUUGAGACAAAAAGGACAAUGCCUCUCUCUCAUUCCAUCUUCAGCUCUUAAAACUGCUGUCCAUUUCCAACCUAGAGUAAUCAUUAUGCAAAGUAAGGCAAUGCUUCUGGACAAUCAGUUACAGCCUCACCUUGGGCAAAAAAAUCCUGCAUUGCAGGGGGUUGGACUGGAUGACCCCUGUGGUCCCUUCCAACUCUAGGAUUCCAUGAUUCCAUAGGCAUACAAACAAAGUACGUAUGCUGUGGUUUCUGUAAACAUUUUGGGAGUAGACUGUUGACUGCUGGUGAUUAGCUGCGGAUGACGUGGGCUCGAAACUUGGCCUUCUUCCCGUUUCGUCUGUCAUCUGCUGGCAGCUGAUAAGACGGAGACAGAUGGGGAACCUUAGAAGAAUAACGUAACAUCGGUCAGACAAGGAGAUUUGGGGCUGCGUUCCUUACAAAAAGAGAUCCCCCUCUCUUUCUCCACCUCACAUUAGCUUGGCUUGAGGACCAUCCAACGUGGAAAUGACUGACAGGUACCAGCUGACUGAUAAGAACGGUUGGAACCUCUUUCAUCUUUCCAUUGAUUGCUGAAGUCCAGCUGUGAUGUUGAGAUGGAAGCUGAAGGCAACCUGGGACAUCGGUGACAAAUAUUAUUCACAUGUAAGGUUUUCCACCUUUCUGCUGCCUGAAUCCUGGAUGUAUGGCAGCCCUAAUGCAGAGUAAACACAGCCAAAGGGUUUGAACCAUUUGAUUUAUCCCCGGAGGCCAGAAAAGAAAGAAAAGGGAAGCUCCCAUCUUCUCUUGUGACCCAGAAAUGUGUUUCUUUCUGUUCAUUCUCACCAUUUUCUUUGUUAUUCCAACUGUAAAUAAUGUGGACCCUGCAACAGGCCCUGCUCCCCUUAUUUCCAUCAAAGGCUAUCAGGACCAAGGGAUCCGAAUAGUUUGCCGAUCCAGUGGUUGGUACCCAAAGCCUGAGAUCCUAUGGAGAGAUCCCAAUGGAAGGCAUUUGCCUUCACUGGGACAAAAAAUUUCCAUGGAGGGCAAUGGGUUGUUUGAGGCGCAGAACGACAUCAUCCUAACAGGAAGUUCAAAUCAUAGCCUAACCUGUGUGGUCCGGAACAGCUUCCUCAACCAGGAAAAGGAAUCAACUAUUCAUAUAGCAGAUGACUUUUUCCCAAAGAUCUCUCAGUGGAUAGCUGGCUUGUGUGUCUCCCUCAUGGCUCUGCUCGGCUUCAUUCUCCUCCUCCUUUACCUGUUUAAUAUAAACAGAAAGCUUUAUGCAGAACUGAGUUGGAGGAACUUGGUGAUGCCAAUCAAAAAAGCAAAUGUAACCCUGGAUCCGGACACAGCGCACGACGAGAUCAUCCUGUCUGCGGACCAGAAGAACGUCAUACAAGGCUUCACGUGGCACACCCUGCCUGACAGCCCCCUGAGAUUCAGCGUUGAGCGCUGCAUUUUGGGAAGCGAGGGCUUUUCCUCAGGAAGGCACUACUGGGAAGUCGAGGUGGGCGAGGAGGGGUACUGGGCCGUGGGGUUGGCAAGGGGUUCCGUGAGGAGGAAGGAGUGCCUCAGCCUUGACCCCAGCGAAGGGAUCUGGGCCAUGGAGAAGUGCCGGAUCCAGUACCAAGCUCUCACCGUCCCCGAGACCCCCCUGUCUUUGAGGAAGAGACCCAGGAAACUUGGAGUUUACUUGGACUACGAGAUGGGGCAAGUGGCGUUUCAUGACGUCAACCACAAGACACCCAUCUUCACUUUCCCCUCCGCUGCUUUCAACGGGGAGGAGGUCUUCCCUUUCCUGCAAGUCGGGGUGGGAUGCUGGCUUCGAGUGUGCCCCUGA